UGGCUGGUUAACAAGCAAACUUUUUUUUCAAAUUUGCCAAAAGAGGUUAAAAAAAUAAUAACUGAAAAUGGUGUCAAGAACGCGCCUCGAUCAUGCCGGUCGAGAACAGGCUGAUGGUGACGAGAUGCCCUGUGACACUCCAUCAGAUCCCCAGCGUUAUCUAGUUUUGCUGGCAACAUUUUUCUUCCUCUUUCUUGAAGCUGGUAUUAUCAAAUCAUUUGGAGUUCUUCUCUCACCCAUGGUUUUCCAGCUUGACAGCAACUUUGCAACCGUCGGUGUGAUACUGUGUCUGCCAUGGACUGUGGAAUAUAUAUGCGCGGUUAUUGUGAAGCCUCUGACCAGCCACAUUGAUCCACACAAGAUAUCAACUGCUGGCGGACUGAUUGCUGGUGUUUCCUUAACAACAUCGUAUUUCGCUCGUACAACCUCCACUCUUGGAAUUCUCUUCUUUUUAUUUGGUAUUGGUGAGAGUAUGAUAAUAGUUCCAGCAAUCAUCUGUCUACAUCGUCACUAUAAAAAAGGUUUUGCAUUCGCCAGUUCCUUUGCCUUCGUGGGUUCCCUAAUGGGGGUCUUCAUCUUGCCCAUCAUAACGAAUGUCUUGCUUGAGGCAUACGGACCACACAAUGCCCUUCUCGUUUUAGGUGGUCUUUGCCUUAACAUGUUACCAUUUGGUCUGGUCUUCAAAUUGCCAGAGGAAAUUCAAAAGAGACCACCUGCGCCGGCUUGUGAGCAUCUAUUGGAGGUUGCGGAUACUGAAAGAUGCGAUUAUUUUAGGAAAAUGCCUGAAAACACUGAUUAUUUCCCCAACUCGAAAAAGAGAUGCACAGAUCAAAAUACUGAAGCUCAUGGAUGUCUCACUGUCACACGAAAACGACUCAUUGAAAUAAUGUCCGAUCUGAAGACAUUCAUUAAGGAAGCAAAGUUUUUCCUUGCUUUCAUUUUGCCAUGCGACAUCUUUGGUUCCUUCACUUUAGUCGGCUUCAGCAUAUUCAUCGUACAUUUUGCCAUCUCUGUUGGAAUCCCUCAAACCAAUGCAGUCUUUGUUGGAACUAUGGGAGGUGUUGGAGGCCUGGUUGCCAGGGUGUCGGGCACUGUUAUCUUACACUUUCAUCCAACCUGGGUGUUUGGUCAAUUCCUAGUCCUCUGCUCUCUGACAUCGCUGAUGCUGUUUCUUCAACCCUUGAGGGCGUCUUACACCUACCUGCUUGUCUGCUCCUUCUUCUUGGGCUUUGGUCUUUACGGUAGCGUUUGCCUCAUUGAAGCAUUGGUUUCCAACGUCGUCAAGCCAGAAGUCUUUCCCACAACGAUUUCUAUCUCUUAUCUUUUCAAAGGCCUCGCUUCUGUCCUGGCUGCUUAUGGUUCAGGAUUGCUGUACGAUUUAACCCAAUCGAAUGGGAUAGUCUUUUAUAUUCUCGGUGUCUUACAAGCGAUUAAUGUCGUCAUCAUCAUCAUCUUACUCCUAGUCACCAGGAUGCGAUUGGCAAACAGCCCGACCAAAGGAAUAUGAUU